GUUGGGGUAAGGCAUUUCACCGCGAGUGGUUAAGGUUAGGCUAGCCGAUUGGUCACGGUUACAAUACCUUGCGUAAGCAUCAUGGACACCUGGCCAAUAAAUGGUAUUGAAGGGCGGGUCUUGGCGUGGCCAUAGUGGGAUUCGUAAUUUCGCUGCCGGCAGGUUGUCGUUUCAAUGAACGUUGGCUGGAAGAUGAAAAAUACAAAUUAUAGAUUAGCUAAACGGGGACAAACCCUACGAGUUGCCUCUUGUAAAGUCUGCAAAAAAGACGUGCAGUUUUUCACAAUGGGCAAGUCUGCACUCUCGAGUCACAUGAAGUCCCGCUGCGAGGCCGCCUGAGGCAGCAACAGGGGCCUCUGAACAUGAACCAUUAUGCCAAUAAGAAGAGUGCAGCAGAGAGCAUGCUGGAUGUGGCUCUUCUGUUGGCUAAUGCCUCACAGAUGAAGGCUGUGCUGGAGCAAGGAUCAGACUUCACCUUCUAUGUGCCCCUCCUUACUCUCAUUAGCAUCUCCCUCAUCCUGCAAAUCAUCGUGGGAGUUCUGCUCAUCUUCAUUGUUAAGUGGAACCUGAAUGAUGAAAGCAUGCACUACAAACUGAACAUCAUGGAGAAUUUCGCCACAGCCUUUGUCUUCAUCAUAGUCGUGGUCAACGUCUUCAUCACAGCGUUUGGUGUCCAGCGGCCCAAACAAAGCGCUUGAUCACUCUUGACGUGACUCUCUGUGCCUGCUGAUCAACUUAGUAAAGAUGGACCUCCACAUUGUUUAUGCUAAUGAACAGGAUAUUUAUUCACCAAACUAAAUGGCUAGUAUAUAACAUACUGAGGAUCAGGUAGUGUGUGUGUGUGUGUGUGUGUGUGUGUGUGUGUGUGUGUGUGUGUGUGUGUGUGUGUAUGUGAGAGAGAGAGAGAGAGGAGUUACGUUCUCUAACUAUGGCUAUGGACAAAUUUGUGGUCAGUGUUCAUUUUAUGUGGGAAUUGUGUUAACACUUAUCAUGCUCAGGUUACUGAUGCAAAUAAAUGAUUGCCUUCACUUGCCAACAAAUAUCAGGAGCAAUAUAUUGUACGUCAGUCACAACCAUUGUGAAUGUUUCCUGGGGAAAAAAAGGCAUUCUGUGACGUGUCAGUAUCUGUCAGUCUAAACCUAAUGUAUGCCUACAGCUUUAAAAAAAAAAAUAUAUAUAUAUAUAUAUAUAUUACCACAGUAUAAUCCAAAUGACAUUCUGAAUAGUAAGUGCAUCAGGAGCCAUCUUGGCCUACUGCUGCUCAUGAAGCAUAACAUGAUGCUUUAUUAUGGGGGGGAGGGGAGGCGGGGGUGUGCAAGUUCAAUGCAAAGUAUAGUGUGUAAUGUUGAAACUGAUUUACCUGUAUAUUAGUCAAUGUCUUUAGGUUUCCAUUGAAGUAUAUAGUGUAUGUAGUUACUUUUAAGCAUUUUUAAAUCACUUUUUUAAGGACCAAAUAUUUUUAAACCUUUUCUUACAUGAACU